AUUUGCCUUUUAUUUUUAUCGAGAGCGAAAAAUCGAUAACUUACCAACACAAAAAUAUUAUCGAAAGAUUCUAUCGAAAAGUCAUAGUGAAUUCAUAUGUUUGUCAAAUUUGACGUUUAAUUUUUGUGCUGGGCAGAGAAUUACAUAAAGAGAAAAAUGCUGCGAUCCGCUGCGUCGCUUUUUGCAAAUAAUGCACCAAAGCUUUUGGCCGCGCGACUUCCUUCCGGCAUGUCUGCCGGAGCAUUUGGGCCAGCAACAAACACACUGAUGGUGCGUCAACAACAAACGAUGCCAGUUGUGGACUCGAGCAAUCCCUUGCCCAAGAAAGGUUACAGUCCAUUCGGUACCAAACAAUCCAGCAUGGCGGAAUGGUCCUUGGCUCGGUUAGAUGACUUACUCAAUUGGGGGCGUAAAGGCUCUAUUUGGCCAUUAACGUUUGGCUUAGCCUGCUGCGCUGUCGAAAUGAUGCACAUUGCUGCACCUCGUUACGACAUGGAUCGCUACGGUGUUGUCUUCCGAGCAUCUCCUCGUCAGGCCGAUGUUAUUAUUGUAGCUGGUACUUUAACAAACAAAAUGGCCCCAGCUUUGCGCAAGGUCUACGACCAAAUGCCCGAACCCCGUUGGGUAAUUUCAAUGGGAAGCUGUGCCAAUGGCGGAGGUUAUUACCAUUACUCAUACUCAGUAGUGCGCGGAUGUGAUCGUAUUAUACCCGUCGAUAUUUAUGUGCCAGGUUGUCCACCAACUGCUGAAGCCUUAAUGUACGGAGUUCUUCAAUUGCAAAAGAAAGUCAAGCGUAUGAAAACACUACAGAUGUGGUACAGGAAAUAAUGUGUAGUUAUAGAAAUCGAGAUGGUGGUGUCAUAGGAGCAACACAGCAUAGUAAAGAACUGUAAUAUUAAAUCAAAUUUCGAAAUGUUAAACGAUUAAAUAAAUAAACAUAAAUGAGUA